CAAGAAUCCGAGUCAGGCAGCCUAGACCUGGGAUCACGGAUCUUGGGUUCCCGGAGCCAGACAUCCCGGAUCUACACCACCUGAGCGUCCUUAAUCCUUCAGGGAAUCAAAGACCGCUACGUCCUGAUCUGAAGAACUGUUCGCCACCCCAACAAAAAGAAAAGAAAAGCUACAAAGGCUCUCUCAACUCCCAGUUUUCGGAAAUUCGACAUCACCGGGGAAAAAAGGGAUCUCCGCGCCCAGCUCAGGAAGCUUAGGACCCUCCAGUCUCAGAAAUCCAGUGGACGCACAACUUCAGGGACCGUUGCAAAGUUUCAGCCUCCUCUCUCCGUCCUAAGGACCUCACAUCCAGUCUCUAGGCGCACAAGGAACCCCUCCGUUGCGGCUCAACAUGGCAGUGGAUCCUCCUAAGGCUGACCCCAAAGGGGUGGUGGCGGUGGAUCCCACCGCGAACUGUGGCUCGGGGCUGAAGUCCAGAGAGGACCAGGGAGCGAAAGCAGGUGGAUGCUGCAGUUCCCGGGACCAAGUGUGCCGCUGCCUUCGCGCCAACCUGCUGGUUCUGCUCACCGUGGCGGCGGCGGUGGCUGGCGUGGUGCUAGGUCUGGGGGUCUCGGCGGCGGGCGGUGCUGAGGCGCUGGGCCACGCGCGCUUUACCGCUUUCGCCUUCCCGGGAGAGCUGCUGUUGCGUCUGCUGGAGAUGAUCAUCCUGCCGCUGGUGGUGUGCAGCCUGAUCGGAGGUGCAGCCAGUCUGGACCCUAGCGCGCUCGGCCGUUUGGGCGCCUGGGCCCUGCUCUUUUUCCUGGUCACCACACUGCUCUCUUCGGCUCUCGGCGUGGCCUUGGCCCUGGCGCUGAAGCCGGGCGCCGCGUUUGCUGCCAUCAACUCCUCUGUUGUAGACUCCAGUGUCCACAGAGCACCCACCAAAGAGGUGCUGGAUUCCUUUCUGGAACUCCUGAGGAAUAUGUUCCCCUCCAAUCUGGUGUCUGCUUCUGCUGCCUUCCGCAUUCCAUGUGGUGCCUGUCCACAGAGGAGCAAUGCAACCAUGGACCAGCCUCACUGUGAGAUGAAGAUGAACAUUCUGGGCUUGGUCGUGUUCGCUAUAGUCUUUGGCGUGGCUCUGAGGAAGCUGGGGCCCGAGGGUGAGCUGCUCAUCCGAUUCUUCAACUCCUUCAAUGAUGCCACCAUGGUCCUGGUCUCCUGGAUUAUGUGGUACGCCCCCAUUGGCAUCUUGUUCCUGGUGGCCGGCAAGAUUGUGGAGAUGAAAGACAUCCGCCAGCUCUUCAUCGGCCUCGGCAAAUACAUCGUGUGCUGCCUGCUGGGCCACGCCAUCCACGGGCUCCUGGUUCUGCCUCUCAUCUACUUCCUCUUUACCCGCAAAAACCCUUAUCGAUUCCUGUGGGGCAUCGUGACACCCCUGGCUACAGCUUUCGGGACCUCUUCUAGCUCUGCCACAUUGCCCCUGAUGAUGAAGUGUGUAGAGGAGAAGAAUGGUGUGGCCAAACACAUCAGCCGGUUCAUCCUGCCCAUCGGCGCCACCGUCAAUAUGGACGGGGCAGCGUUGUUCCAGUGCGUGGCGGCAGUGUUCAUUGCACAACUAAAUGGGAUGUCCCUGGACUUCGUGAAGAUCAUCACCAUCCUGGUCACAGCUACUGCAUCCAGUGUCGGGGCCGCAGGUAUCCCUGCAGGGGGCGUCCUCACUCUUGCCAUCAUUCUAGAAGCAAUCAGCCUCCCUGUCAAGGACAUCUCCUUGAUCUUGGCCGUGGACUGGCUAGUGGACAGGUCCUGUACGGUCCUCAACGUGGAGGGUGAUGCUUUUGGGGCCGGAUUGCUCCAGAGUUACGUGGAUCGCACCAAGAUGCCGAGCUCAGAGCCUGAACUGAUCCAGGUGAAGAACGACGUGUCUCUGAAACCAUUGCCCCUCGCCACAGAGGAGGGGAACCCCCUUCUGAAACAGUGCCGGGAACCCUCCGGGGACUCCAGUGCCACAUGCGAAAAGGAAUCUGUCAUGUGAAUGUUUGGAGGGCUUCUAUGCCCUGGUGACCUCACUUUGGAAAUUGGGCUCUUGAGAGCUGGAGAAAUGGACUGGGUGUGGGCCUGAGGGGAGGCUGUUUACAGACUCCGGCAACCUGGGGGUCCUCAUCUCCUUUCUGGAGAGGUUAUUCAGAGCCUUCUUGCUGGGGCGCAUGUGGUUAUAUAUGAAUGUGUCCCUAAAUCUUCCCCCAUCCUGUCCCCUAUUCAAGGAGAUGGCAUUUCUCUGUCUCCCAGAGCCAUCCUGCAUACCUGUCUCAGGGAAUGGGUUGCUCUGUAGAGGUCUCCACCCUUUGAAGGCAAAAUAUUGUGAUGAAAUAUUUUCUUAUUAUCCCUAGCUGUGGUGUGUGUGUGUGUGUGUGUGUGUGUGUGUGUGUGUGUGCGCGCGCACUUGCUAUAACCUUCCCUGUAGCUCCUCCAUGACAACAAACAUUCCCAUGAGUCCUGAGAGAAAGCCAAAAAUAAAUGUCACUCCAAAUCACAUUUUUUAGCAAUAAAAUGGUGUCAAAUGUA